GUUGCACUUAUGUAAUCUUUAACCUCCCAAGUAUUUAACGAGACCUGUAGGCUACAGCACACACAGCAACACAGACAUAGCUCUCGUUAUCGUUGUCAUAGAAUCAAAACGUGAUUACACUGCAAGAGCUUCCCAAUCACGCCGCAUAAAUUCAUGAUCUCGUCUUGAAGUGCAGGAACAGUGUACAGUAUUUUCAACUUGUUAUCGCCACGAAAAUGUUGUGCUUUGGGCGAGCUUAUCGUACAAUUUCCAGGAUAUUGCCUUCCUGUGUGCGGCCGUAUUCUUCGGCUGUGAUUCCCGAUGGAAAGGGGAUUCAACUAGGUGGAAUUUACCCGCCAAUGACAACGCCUUUCAACGCCGACGAGACCAUCUCCUUUGAUAAGUUGGCUGACAAUCUGACACAAUAUGCUCAGAUUCCUUUUGCUGGCAUCGUGGUGCAAGGAUCCAAUGGCGAAUACCCGUAUCUUGAAAAAGAAGAAAAAUUGCAAAUUGUCAAGUUCGUCAAAGACUUCAUCAAGGAUAGUAACAAACCCCUGAUUGCCGGCUCUGGCUGCGAAUCUACCAAGGCAACGAUGAAAUUGACAGAGGAAAUGGCUCGUUGCGGAGCUGAUGCUGUAAUGGUUGUCACGCCAUCUUACUUCAAAAUUUCGAUGAAUGAUGCUGCCAUGAUCGCCCAUUACACAACAGUUGCCGAUUCCAGUCCCAUACCGGUCAUCUUGUACAGUGUUCCAGCUAAUACAGGCAUCGAUUUGAGCAUCGACGCCAUUCAAAUUCUUGCUAAACAUCCAAACAUUAUCGGGCUUAAAGACAGUGGAGGGGACGUGACAAGGAUCGGAAGUAUCGUGCAAAAGACUCGGGGUCAAGAUUUUAAGGUUCUCUCUGGCUCUGCUUCGUUCCUUCUUCCCAGUUACCUGGCCGGAUCAGUAGGAGGAGUUUGUGCUUUAGCCAAUGUUUUGGGUGACGUUCUCUGUGACAUGCAUUCGCUGUAUGAAAAAAAUAUCAUCGAUAAAGAGCUACAAAGAAGGUUGAUUGAACCCAACAAUAUGGUUACCCGGCGUUUCGGGGUGGCCGGAAUGAAAGCAGCUUUGGACAUGUUCGGAUAUUACGGCGGUCCUAAUCGAUCUCCAAUGCUCAGCGUUAGUCCAGAGGCUCGUCUAGUCAUUAAAAAAGCAUUUGUUGAUAACGAAUUUGUUCCCCAAUCGCGGUAGCUUGUUUGCAUCCUGAAAAUGAAAAGUGCACUCAAAACUCUUAAGAGAUCUAUGUAGGCUACUACGUUUAAUCUAAAAGAUUACCUUACGUGAGAUAACGUGUUCAGCUAUUUUCGGUCAAAUAUAUCAAAACUGAAUUCA